AUGCCCCGCCCACCGGCGCCAUCUUCCAGGACCCGGGCGGGGCCCUGGGCUGUGGGGCGCAGCUGGGAAAGGAACGCGGGUUACCACCCGGCCUCAAAGCUGGUUUCAGAGGUACAGGCUCAGGUGAACAGGGCGGGGGGGUGACGGUGGCGGGAAAGGUGGUGAAGUGGGGGAGCCACGGCCACCGUGAAAGAACGUGACAGUGUCAGGCAGCGCUCUGCACUCAUCCGGCUCCUUCCUACUGGCACGCUGCCUCAAUCUGAAGUUUUAAGUUCUUUUUAGUUUUCUGGAAAAAGAGGCCUUUCCCAGGGGCCCAGGACUGCCCCGGAGGACAAUGGAGUCCGGAGCUCGCCCCAUUGGUAGCAGCUGUAGCAGCCCUGCAGCACUCUCCCGGGAAUACAAACUAGUGAUGCUGGGUGCCGGUGGAGUUGGGAAGAGUGCCAUGACAAUGCAGUUCAUCAGCCACCGAUUCCCAGAAGACCAUGACCCCACCAUUGAAGAUGCUUAUAAGAUCCGGAUCCGCAUUGAUGAUGAACCUGCCAAUCUGGACAUCCUGGACACAGCAGGACAGGUACUAAACCCAGAACCGUCUGAGCAGUGUCUCUAGGACAGGGAGCAGGCUUCUGUGGACAGUGUCACUAGCUUGUCUCUUAAUUUUCCAUGCUAUGCCUCAGGACAGCAGGCAGAGUUUACAGCCAUGCGGGAUCAGUAUAUGAGGGCAGGAGAAGGAUUCAUCAUCUGUUACUCCAUCACGGAUCGUCGAAGUUUCCACGAAGUUCGGGAGUUUAAACAACUGAUUUACCGGGUCCGACGCACCGAUGAUACACCGGUGGUUCUUGUGGGGAACAAGUCUGACCUAAAGCAGCUGAGGCAGGUCUCCAAGGAAGAGGGAUUGUCUCUGGCUCGAGAAUUCAGUUGUCCCUUUUUUGAGACCUCAGCUGCCUACCGUUACUACAUCGACGACGUUUUCCACGCCCUCGUCCGGGAGAUCCGUAAGAAAGAGAAGGAGCUAGUACUGGCCAUGGAGAAGAAGGCCAAACCCAAGAACAGCGUAUGGAAGAGGCUGAAGUCACCGUUCAGGAGGAAGAAAGACUCGGUCACCUGAGUGAAGUGGGCUGUGCUCCUGUGAACUGCAGUGCUCCUUGUGCCUGCUGUGAACUGCAGUGCUCCCCAGUGCAGUCCUGUAAUCUGCAGCAGGGAGCACGUCCUCUGCUCUCUGCUAUGUGGUUAUUCUAAACGUCACUGGCCAGGGGACUCGCCUACUGAGAGCUGUCAUUGACUUACUGUCUAAAGCCCUGUGCUCCGUGACUCCCACGCAUGAACUCAUCAGGGCCGUGUCUACUCCUUAAUUGUCACAUUAGAAUUUGGUCGGCCAUUGUUUUGGUUAUGUUGCUGAUGUAAAUUUGUGUAAAUGGUUUCUACCCUGGAGAGUGUGUGUACCGUGUGCACUUGACUAAGGUCACAACAGAACGUUGUGUUGUAUUCUCCCCACCACCCUUCAACCUGAACUUCCUGCUACUGUCUCACAGAAGGACAUCUGCGUUGUGUAGCCACACUGUGCGUCCUGGAGACAGAGCAGAGAUUGAGUAGGGAAACUGGCGUGAAAGGUGAGCAGGCGUCUGCGGAGCGGAUUCCUGUGGUGGACCGUGGAGUGCAGAGGUUUAGGGAGAUCCUGCCAUUGCUCACACAAGAAGACAGAGCCGGAAACAUGCAGGGUCAGACCAGUGUUCCUACAGUGAGCCCCAGAACUGCACAUUUGACCCAAAGGCACUCAGGUGGUGAAAAGAGACAGAAGCGUAUUUCUCUCUGAACAUGCUUGGCUCCCCCCCCCCCCCAGUGUCUGCCUUUCUUUACCUGUGAGGCCUGGUUCUGGAUCUGGGACCAUUGCUGGAUGACUUGAAUCUUAGUGAAGUCCUUUGUUGGGCUAUGGGCUAGCAUGUGGCUCACUGCUGUAAUGCUAGUAUUUCAAAGUCUGAAGCAGGAGGACUCCCAUGAGGUUGAGGUUACCCUGGCUUAUGGAGCGACAGCCUGUCUCAGAGAAACAAGAGCACAAGUAAAUGAACACAAAUCCUUCCUUAGGACCACUGCACCACAGGCCUUGUCCAGUGUUCUAUCCCCUCUGAAGAGUCAGGCGAGGCCUGAUGGCUUUUAGGCCUUUCAUUCAACCAAUGUCAUUGUCCAAACAGAAGAGACUCAGGAGUCUGAGUAAAAUUGUGUUCCCUUGCCCUGAGCAGUCCUUAGACUCAGGGCUUGAAGGUCUGUGGUGUCUCUGUCCGAUGGAGCAGUCUUAAAGCUUUAGUCAGCACAGGCCUAGCAAGGCCCUGACAGCCACAUCGACUGAAGAUUGUCAAGGCGAUAGAAAACCACUGCCAGAAAGACCUGUAAGAAGGGAUUUGUUCUAUACGAGGCAACUGCAGUGAGUGCUUUUAAGGCUAUCCCUGUCGCACGUUGGAUCCUGGAUAAGCUAGUCCCUUCGUUUGCGUUGAGAAUUGGCAUGCAGUGUGUGUGAGCCGAGGGCCUCCUCAGUGUUCCACAAGCUUCAGGUCAUCAGGUCGGUCCAACUGAAGGCAUGAAAAUCAAGUGUUCCCUGGAGUUUUGAAGCGAAGAUUCAGGGACAAGUUGAAAGGCACUGAAACUGUGUUGAAGCCAGAUGAGUAAUUAUAAGUAACUGUAAUCGGUAGGGAGACAUGUUUUAACCUGGAUAUGUUAGAAAAGUAUCACGUGCCACCUGGGAAGAAGUUCUUUUCUGGCAACUGUCACACUCACACAUGAAGGCAAUCCGUGCAGCACAAUACAAGAUGUUUAAACAA